AUGGUGAAGCAAGUAAGCAAUAAGAACCAGAUUCAGCAGUAUAAGAAGAGACAGAACAACCUUAAUAAGCUACUGUAUAACCAGCCGUCAAGGCUUCUGAUUUCUCCGAUGCAAGUCCUUGUGAUAUCUCUUAUCUUCAUUGCAAAUGUAUUUCUUCUGCAUAUACUUGCAAAGCUUGUGCCUGGCUCGUCACUGCCCCAGGCCGCAAUAGCCCUGAUGGUUGUCCUGCUAUCCAUCGCAUUCUCCUUUCUAUCUAGUAAAUGA